AUGACCUCGUCUAAAGUCUCACCCCACCUGACGCCGAUCCAACGGGCCGACAUCGUGGGUGUGCCCGAGCUGCCCCCGGCCGAUGGUGACGAGGCCUGGUCCCUCUUGGACGGCAGCGUUACGACCCCACACCCUCACGCCGAACUUGGCGAGCCUCGUUCCACAAGCGAUGGAACGGCAAACGGCGUGUACGGCCACAAGAAGAACAGCAGUCAUCGAAGGAGGUUGCUCAAGGGUUUCUACGCCUACUCGAUCGCGAGCGAGGUGUAUGUCACCGUCGCAGGUUCGUCGCCCGAGUCCACUGCUGGCAGCUUAUGUCUCGGGUUCUCCCCCACUUGUUUCGCACGUUGGGACCCUCGACCGAGAUCGACGGACUAACCUCGUUACCGGAAUCGCUGGCCCCGAUUAGGCAGUCUCUUCUUACCCGUCAUAUUAGAAACCUACGCUCGAGAAAAUGGUCGUCUCGGCCCUUCGUACCUCCUGCCCUGUCCCCCUUCGUCCGAAGUGCCCUCCGACGGCGGUGGAACGACCGAUUCGACUCGUUGCGCCGUUCGCCUCUUGGGGCACUACCUCGACACCGCUUCGUUCUCGCUCUAUACUUACUCGGCUAGUGUGGCAGUUCAAGCGCUGACGGUCAUCUCCAUGGGCAAUUGGGCUGAUGAACGUGCGUAUCGGUAGAUGAAACUUUUUCGUAAGGCAACGAGUGAUGAGACGCCGAGCUGACUUUUUAGGGACUGGGCACAGCGAGGGCAAGGCAUCGGCUGCUCGUCGCGUUCGCGACGAUCGGCACGAUCUGCACCAUGGGUUUUUUGGUCGUACCUGUGCAAUCAUCCGUGUGGCUACUGUGCAUCCUCCUUGCUAUCGGGGCCAACGUCGCGUUCGGCGCUGGAUCGGUCUGCCUCAAUUCCUAUCGUGAGUGCUCUCGCAAUUCCAUGACGUUCAGAGUAAGAGCAAGAUCAUAGAAAGUGCGGGGCAAUAUUCAUAGUUCCUGAUCUCGGAAGAUCAUCAUCCCACGUCCUCGAGCUUCACGACACCCUCGACUCGGCGCGACGGCAUCUCGCCUCACUGCGACCACCUUCGACACCCGGUGGACCUCGUUCAGCGAAUCGAUCCUCUUCCAAAGUCCCCGGCGAAGUUCUCUUGUCGGCAUCGCAGGCCUUUGUUCGCGCAAGGGACGAGUACAUUCAAGCCAAGGCGCUCGCUACGGCAGCGAUUUCGUCCAAGGGGAUUGCAGUCGGGUAUACGAGUGGGAUCCUUGCGCUCGUGUUGGCGUUGGUCCCGAUUGGGAUAGGGGGUGGAUCGUCGUGGGGGAUGAGGAUGGCGAUCGCCGGUGCGGGCGCCGUGUGGGGUGGUGGUACCAUCCGUGAGUCCAAUCGCAAGAGUCGAGUCGACUCAAUUUUACUGAUCGUACUCGAACUCCUUGUGGAUGCCUCAUGUAGCGGCGGCGAUCUGGCUCCGUCCUCCGAAAGACUACACGCUCUCCGAACAUCCCCCACCCAAUAUCCCCAUCCGCACGCGCGUCGCAGAAGGUUGGCGAGCGCUCGAUCGCAUGCUCCGCGAAUGGCGUCGACUCCCCGCGACCUUCACCUUCCUAGCCGCGUGCUUCUUCCUCAGCGAUGCCGGGUCGACGAUCACUUCGACGGCGAUGUUGUUCGCCAAAACGACGUUGGGCCUCCCCACUGCUGCCUUGAUCGCGAUCGCUGUUAUUUCGCCCGCUGCGGGGAUCGUGGGGGCGAUUACGGUGCCCAAGGUUCAAAGACGUUGGGGUUGGUCGAAUUUGAGGACGUUGAUGGCGUUGGCGAUGGGGAUGUGCGUGAUUCCUUUGUGGGGGAUCGUCGCGCUCCGAGCUUCCUGGCAGAUUUACCCGCUCGCUUUCGUCUUUGGAGGUGGGUCGGUGAAGAUGCAGGGUUCUACUUUGGAGUGUACCCUUCCAUUGACUGACGCAACCGCCUUUUCUUUUCCCGACUCGCCGAAAAAAAAAAGCCCUCUACGGCUCCCUCCAAGCCUUCAUCCGCACCUGUUUCUCCGAAAUCAUUCCCCCGUCCCGCUCCGCGCAAUUCUUCGGCCUCCUCAGCAUCACGGACAAAUCGUCCUCCUUCCUCGGACCAAUGUUGGUCGCCAUCAUUACGAACGCGACGGGUCAGAUCAGGUACGGGUUCGUGUUGAUUUUGGUCAUGUUGGUCGGGAGUUUGCCCGUUUUGAGAGCGGUGGAUAUGGAGAGCGGGAGAGGGGACGCGGAGGGUUUUGAGAGGGAGGAAUUGGAGGGGGUUGGAGAAGGGGUGGGCGAGUGGGACUAA